AUGAGUGAACCCACAGAAGGAUCUGCAGGCUUAGGGGCCAUCGACGAGGAGAUUGAUGAUGAGUUUAAUGAUGUUGAUGAACAUAUCACAUCAGGACCUCCUGUAAAGAAUGGUACCUCUAGUAAGAAUAAGACAUCUACAACCAAUACCUCUAAUUCCACCACCACCAGCAACAGCAACACCACAACCACCACAACAACAGCCACUAGUGCACCUUUAAUUCCAGACUUACCGGAAUUGACCAGAAAGGAUAUGACACUUAAGAAAGUACUUGAUUUGAUGGAUGAUGAAUUUCAACCCAUAAUCCCCGACGUAAUCACCGACUAUUAUCUUGCUAAGAAUGGAUUUGAAACGUCCAAUAUUAAAAUUAAACGAUUGUUGGCAUUAGCUACUCAAAAGUUUGUUAGUGAUAUAACUCAAGAUGCUUAUGAAUAUAGUCGAAUUCGAAACUCUUCUGCUGUAUAUAAUAGUUCUAAUCCUCAAGUUCGAGCUAAACAACUUUUACAAGGUCAACAAUAUGCUAAUCAACAACUGAUAACUGGUUCAAGUACAGGAGGAGGAACUAUUGCAGCAGAUGGAGGAGUUGAAGGUGGUAGUGGUAAUGAACAACUGCAACCUACAAGUCAUUCAAAUGCAGGAAAUCAACAAGGUAAAAUCGUAUUAACUAUGGAAGAUUUAAGUAGUGCCUUAAGUGAAUAUGGUAUGAAUACUUCAAGACCAGAUUUUUAUAGGUAA